AACAACCUUUUGAGAGAAUAUAUCACUGGAGCAUAUUUGCUGCAUUGCCUAACCCAUUUGAAUUUCUCAUGCGUCUAUCUUGUCCAAUAAAUCCGUCUUGAUUUUACCGAACACCCGCAAUUCUGUUUCUUUCUAUGAGAAUUUGGAUUGAUAGGUCAAGAUUCUGCGAUGAAAACCACCAAGUAUGUGAAUUUGUGCAGAUUUGAUGGCGAAGGAAUACACGGGCGACAAGCAUUAUCCAUUGGAAUCGAAGCGGAAGCGUCUCACAUUGGUGUUUGGCGUGAGCGGCCUCUGUGUUCUGUUCUACAUAUUGGGUGCAUGGCAAAAUACUAGCCCCAACACAUCCAACCGCUCCGAGGUCAUAACCAAGGUUGGAUGCGAUCCAGCCACCAGUUCCCGCUCUGCAAACCUGCAAUCAUCUUCAUCAUCCACCCUCGACUUCCAGGCCCACCAUCAGGUCAGCAUCAACGAAAGCGUGAUGGGGGCCCAUACGUUCCCGCCGUGCGACAUGAGUUACAGCGAACACACACCUUGCCAAGACCCAGAGCGGGCGAGGAAGUUCAAGGCGGAGAAGCUGAUGUACCGAGAGCGGCAUUGUCCCAAAAAGGAGGAUCGUCUGUUGUGCUUGAUCCCACCCCCACCCAAGUACAAGAACCCUUUCAAAUGGCCUCAGAGCAGAGACUAUGCAUGGUAUGAUAACAUCCCACAUAGAGAACUCAGCAUCGAGAAAGCCAUUCAGAACUGGAUCCAAGUUGAAGGUGAUCGGUUUAGAUUCCCUGGUGGCGGUACCAUGUUUCCUCGAGGAGCAGAUGCUUAUAUCGACGAUAUAGAUGAGCUCAUCCCUUUAACUAAUGGGAAGAUCCGAACGGCCAUCGAUACAGGCUGUGGAGUGGCAAGCUGGGGAGCUUAUCUGCUAAAUAGAGACAUCUUGACAAUGUCAUUUGCUCCAAGGGACACACAUGAAGCUCAGGUCCAGUUCGCGUUGGAACGGGGAGUUCCGGCCAUGAUUGGUGUACUGGCAUCUGAACGAAUGCCGUACCCUGCCAGAUCUUUUGAUAUGGCCCACUGCUCUCGCUGCUUGAUCCCUUGGAAUGAUUUCGACGGGCUAUAUCUGAUUGAAUUGGACAGAGUUCUACGGCCGGGAGGUUAUUGGAUUCUCUCUGGCCCACCAAUCCGUUGGAAGAAAUACCACAGAGGCUGGGAAAGGACCAAAGAAGAUCUGAAACAAGAGCAAGAUGCGAUCGAGGAUGUUGCAAGGAGCAUCUGUUGGACAAAAGUAAUAGAAAAGGAUGAUCUUGCAAUUUGGCAAAAACCCAUCAACCAUGUCGAGUGCGUUAAAAGCAGAACAAUUUAUAAGACGCCCCAUAUAUGCAAAGAUGACAAUCCAGAUACAGCCUGGUACAAGAAAAUGGAACCUUGCAUAACCCCACUGCCUGAAGUAAAUAGCGAAAGUGAAGUAGCCGGUGGGGCAGUGGAGAAAUGGCCAGCCCGGGCAUUUGCAGUCCCACCUAGAAUAAGGAGUGGAUCUAUUCCUGGAAUAACCGCUACGAAAUUCCAAGAGGACAAUGAUGUAUGGAGAGAGAGGGUCGCAUACUACAAGCGGAUCAUCCCUCCUCUAUCUAAAGGACGUUACCGUAACAUAAUGGACAUGAAUGCCAUGCUUGGAGGGUUCUCCGCCGCGCUACUGAAAUACCCAUUAUGGGUCAUGAAUGUGGUCCCCACCGAUUCGAACCACGAUACUCUUGGUGUGAUCUACGAGCGUGGAUUCAUCGGGACAUAUCAGGACUGGUGCGAAGCCUUCUCUACGUAUCCCAGAACAUAUGAUCUCAUCCAUGCUAAUGGCGUGUUCACCAUCUAUCAGGACAGGUGUGACAUUACAUACAUUCUGUUGGAGAUGGAUAGGAUACUGAGGCCAGAAGGAACAGCAGUAUUCAGAGAUACAGUGGAUAUACUGGUGAAGAUACAAGGCAUAAUUGGAGGGAUGAGAUGGAAGAGUGAGAUCAUGGAUCAUGAAAGUGGGCCAUUUAAUGCUGAGAAAAUCCUAGUUGCUGUGAAAACUUACUGGACUGGCGAGGCUACAGAAGAGAAGUAACUAAUAUUUGUAAUUUUUCUUCCUGAGAGAGGGGUUCUUUUCUCCUGAAUUGUGCUGUCUCAUCAGCCGUACAUAUGGCGUGCGUGGUACGUGUUGAUCCAGACAAUUCAGAUCAUAGGAUGUGGUCCCCUGUAGAUGAGAAUAGCCCGAAAUACGCUGAGUGAAUGAUAUCAACCAUCUAAUUUUUGUUCUUAACCGUCCGUUUGGUUUAACUACCAAUUUUAUUAUUGGGACCGUUCGAUCAGUGUGUUUUUCAGGCUAUGCUACAUCCACAUGGUGGCAUACGAUUUGGACGGUCUCGAUUGAUGUCCAUCCGUGUCAUGUGUACGGUGGUUGAGGAUGGCAACUUAAAGGUUGGCGGUUGUAGUACGUGGGUUUUGC